AUGGCAAAUGUACUUGCAAAAGCUGCAAAUAUAACAAGUAGAAAACAACAACAAUAUAUUAAUAAUAAUAAUGAAAAUGGUAAUAUAGUAAAUAAUUCAAAUUCACCUUCGCUUUCACUUUCAAAUUUGAAACCACCACCUCCAAUACUGCCCAAUCAAUCGAAUAUCCGGACUUCAUCUUCCAUUUAUAUUCAUAAUAGCCCUAAAAAAUCAUCUACUGCAUUAUCAAAAUUAUAUACAUCUCCGAAAUCUAUAACUUCAAUAUCAUCUAAUUCUCCUUCACAGACUGCUUCUCAUAAAAAUGACAAAAUUAUUAAAAAUUUACUAAAAAGGUAUAAAAAAUUAGAGACACUGUUAAACAAAUUCAAUUCUAAAAAAUACAAUCAUAAUUCUCAUGGUAUAAUCUUAAAAGGAAACAUUUUACGUACUUCAUUAUUACCAUUUUUAAGAUCAACUAUAAAUCCAUUAAAUUCAUUUUUUAAUAAAAAUGAUUUGAUAUACAAAAGUUUAACAAAUGUGAUACUUAACAUAUUGAUAAAAUGGUGGCAAUCGCUCAUAAAUAAUUUAAAUUCAACUGCUCAAAAUGAUGCGAUACCUUCAAGUGAUCGAAAUGCAUAUUUGGAAUGUAUUUCAAGAAUAGCGGGUAAGUCAGAUCUUUGGGAAAUUUUAAAUGAUGAUAGAGAAAUUACAACAUGUUAUAAUAAUCUUUUAAUUUCAACAUCAAGUUAUUGUAUUGAAAAAAUGUCAAAUCUUAAAAAUAAUUCAUUAUCAUUUUCUGCAUUUGUUGGUAAAAUCUUUGCAAUUUGUUUUUUUAAAUUACCAGAAGUUUCAAAUGCAUUACUUUUCCUACUUAAUGUGAAACAAAUUACAUAUGAAACAACAAUGAAGAAGUUGAAUUAUAAUCUGAAUAAUGAUUCAAAUAAUUUGUAUUUGUUGUUUCCUUCACAUUUACAUUAUUUAAUCAAUUUUAAUGGAUUGAAUUUACAAUUAAAAGGUCAAAAAUGUUUUUUAAAUUGUUUACCACCUCCUAAACAUCCAGUAAAUGGUAUUUCUAAUCCAAAUGGUGAUUGGGUUAGAAGAUGGUGUUGUUCAGAUUCAAAUGUUUUUAAUUCAUUCUUACAUCAUUAUAUAAAUAUAAUACAUCAAAUAAUACCAGAAGAUGAAAGUAUAAAUUUGUUAAAUUUACCAGGUUUUAACAUUAUUAUUUCUCAUAUUUAUCAAAUUUUUAAUAAUGCUAUAUCUCCAAGACUUCAAUUACCUACAUCAUUACCUAAAUUCGAUUCAGAUAAUAUUUAUUUCAAUUCAAUUGUAAAAAUUUUUAAAACAUUAAGAGACGUGAUUUAUAAUGGAAUUUUAAAUUUCAAUUUUUCAAUAGAUUCAAUAAAUGCUCAAUUGGUGCAAAUAUUUGAUUCAAUAUUGAUUCAAAUUGCAAAAACAAUAUCAAUAUAUGAAUUUCAAAAAUUUAAUCUAAUACUAUCAAUAUUUAAUGAAUUUGUUCAACAUAUUUUAAAUAAUUUAUCAACUUCAGAAAGAGAGAUUAAAUUUUUAAUUAAUUGGGAAUUUUGGUUAGAUUGUAAUUAUACAAUAAUGAAAAAUUCAAAUCAUGUACAAUCAUUAAUUAAAAAUUUUGCUUUUGUAUUUAAUAUAUGGGACAUGAUACCAGAAAAGAUACCAAGAAGUACUUAUGAAUGGAUAACAAUCCCUCACCAAUCAUUUAAAUUCAAUUUUAUAAAUUUUUUAAUAUCAGAUGAAAAUUUAAUUACAUUUUUAUCACAUUGGAAUCCGCUUGUUCGUUCAUAUUAUAUUAAAUUAUUAAUUUGGAGAAUUUUAGGAGUUAAUAAUUAUCAAAAUUCAAAUCUGAUCCAGUUAACAAAAUUAAUACAAGUAAAAUUAAAUACUAUUCAUGAGAUAAUUAGAAAUUUCACAUUACAACAAGAAAGAGGUAGUAAUUUUAAUUUCAAACCUGAUUCACCACUCGUUAACCGUAAAUUUCAAAUUUUAUUAGUUAAUUCCAAAGAUGAAUUAUUUGAAAUAUAUUUACCAAAAACUAAUACUACUAAUAAUUCAGAAUUACGUAAAAUUCAUCCAUAUGAAGUAUUUGAUGAGGCAAUAUAUACAUGUUCAACAAUCCAACCAAUGAAUGAUGAUGAAGAACAAGAAAAGAAAUUACAAACAACAACCUCAAAUACAAACACAAAUUCAAAUCUUAUAGUUAAUUCAAUUGGGAAAUUAUUUAAAAUUUUAUCUAUUGAUGAUAAUAAUAAAAACGAAGAUGAUGUUUCACCUAUACCACCCCCGAAAGUAGCAUUGACUAGAAAUUCAAAAUCAUUAACAUCUUUAAAUUCUUCAAAUUCAACUACUCCAAGUAUUAUGUCAAAUACAUCUACUCCUACAUCAAUAACAGAAUCAGAUCAAGAUGAAGAUCUGAUUGUUUCAAUAGAUACUAUAAAUAAUUUACCAAUUGAAAAAUCAAUACAACCACCAGAAUUAAAUAGAUUACCACCUUCAAUAAUACGUCCAAUUUAUAAAUUUGAUAUUGUGGUUGAUCAUGAAUCUAUCAAUGAGAAACUAAAAAUGAUAAGAAAUGGUAAAAAAGAACUUACACAUAUUUAUUUCCCCAAAAUGGUUAAAAUUCCAAUUAUAUCUAUAUAUAAUCGAAAUGUGUACAUUAGUGAAGAAAAUGAAGAUGGAGAUAAUGAUGGAAUUGAUGUAAAUGAGUUGAGUUUUGUAUCUUUGGUUAAUUUAGGUAAAUCUAUGAAUGAAAUUAAUGCAGUUAUUGAUGAAUUUAAAUUUUUCAUAAAGCUGAAGAUUGAAUGUGAAGGGAAUGUAGUUGAAAAUAGUGAUGAUGAUUGUGGAUUUUAUAGAAAGAUUAUUCCAUUUUUAUCCGUUGAUUCAACAAAUGAAAUGAAAUUAUUAAAUGCAAAUUAA